CCCUUCAUCCAAAAAAGUUGGGACACGAGGUCCAAUACUACAUCCAAGCCAAGUCAUUCUGUAGAUGCCCAUACAGCCGAGGUCAACUGCCUGUCCUUCAAUCCCUACAGCGAGUUCAUUCUAGCAACUGGUUCUGCUGACAAGACUGUGGCUUUGUGGGAUCUACGAAACCUUAAAUUAAAACUUCAUUCUUUUGAGUCUCACAAGGAUGAAAUCUUUCAGGUUCACUGGUCUCCUCAUAAUGAAACAAUUCUUGCUUCAAGUGGGACUGAUCGUCGGCUAAAUGUAUGGGAUCUAAGUAAAAUUGGAGAAGAGCAAUCUGCAGAGGAUGCAGAAGAUGGGCCUCCUGAACUUUUGUUUAUUCAUGGAGGACACACUGCAAAGAUUUCAGAUUUUAGUUGGAACCCUAACGAACCCUGGGUAAUCUGCUCUGUAUCUGAGGACAACAUAAUGCAAAUAUGGCAAAUGGCUGAAAACAUUUAUAAUGAUGAAGAACCAGAUAUAGCAGCAUCAGAACUGGAGGGUCAAGGAACAUAACUUUCUCCUUAGGAAAAGGAAGACAAGAAUGUUGGGUGUUUGUGAAGUGGCUGACAUUCAUAUAAAUUAUGUUAUUGUUUGUUUUUUUGACUACUAUAUACAUUCAAAAUAUUCUCAGUUGAAUGUAAUGCUUAUACCAAUGCUCGAUUUUUAUCGAGCACAAAGCUUGUAUAGUUGAAUUUAAUGGGAUAUCCCUGAUUUUUUUUGUUUUUUUUGGCACCUUGAAGUGAGCUAUAGCAAACUGUACAGCAUUUAGGUAUUGGGGAAAAUAAGUGACUGAAUACCAAUGUCUAUUUUUAAAACAAGUUUGCAGAUUCCUGUAAAUGAUUAGACAACUCAAAAUCCUCACUUUUCCUAGACUAAAUGCAUAAAUGUUUUUAUCAUAUGUAAAAUGAGCUUUUCACUUUUACAGAACACUUCCUGUUUGGCUUUGCAUAAAUAAACUUUUUUGAAGAAAA